AGCAAAUUGAGGCUGUGUGACAGGUCUGACCAGACUUGAAAUGGACACCCACCUUCCUAAUCCUUUCUUAAAUUUAUUGUGUAAAUGCGUGCUUCCAGCAAACAAAAUUCAAACAGUAUGGAAGCGUGGAAGGUAAGAAUUGAGAGUCUUCCUCUCCACUCCAUCGCAGCCACCGCCGACCUCCCGGGGGGCCCCCGCAGAUGCCCCGCUCAUCACACAACACACGCAGCGGGCCUGCGUUGCAGAGACGGACUUGCCUCCUUUAUUCCUCAGUACACCCUGGGGCUGCCGCUUUCAGCUGCAUCGUAGCCCACGGUGUGACCAUAAUGUCAUUUAUUUAAAUGCCACGAAGCAGUGUGCCAUUCUUUUGCUGCUGAAAUUAAUGCUACAGUGGCGUACAUGUAUCACUGGGUGAGUAUCUCUGUAACGUAAAUUCCUAGAUAGGUAAGUGCUAAGUCCAAAGGCGGGUGCUUUUUUAAUUUAGGAAGACAAGCUCUAUCCGCCUUACCCUCUGGAGGCCUGGUGCAGCGGACGGUUCCCGCGGUGAUGGGCCCACGUGAGCGCCCCCCCAACCUGACCUCGGUGCUCACGUGGCUCCGUGGAGAUGGGGGCGAUUUCAGGGCCGUCAGGAGCCCGGGUGUGGACUACGAGAAAACACUUGGUUUUGAAACAGAAGCACGGAUUCUUUUCCCAGUGUCUGGAGAAGAGGGGAUUCACGGAAUCAUAACGAAGUGGAAACUUCCAGAACGGAAGCUUCCGAGUCGGUUGCACCAUCCAGGCCUCUGCUGGUUUGUUCUCCGAGGGCCACUGCGGCGAGUAUUCAUGUUCAUCAGGAAAGCACGCUUCUUGCCCAGGAAGCAAGCGGACAUGGGGGUGGUUUGGGACCUUCUCGGCAGGGCCGUUCCUCAGCUCCUGGAAGGGAGUCCACGCAAACACAGUGCGGGCCAGGCCUGGGGAACUGGAUGCCCAGACUUGGGCCGGACAGGAGGCACGUUCUGGAAACUGAGUUGGGCCCAAGCCCUGGGACUCGUGCUGCCACGGGGGCUUGGUGUGCGGGCAUCACUGCCGAGCGAGGCUGAGGCCGGGGGGCCCUCCUCUUGGACUCUGUGCCCCGCAUCAUGCCAGACCCGGGCCCUUAACACGGACGCGGGCCAUCUACCAGGGGCCAGAGGCCAUCACGUCAGGGCCCAGCCAGCCUCCAGGAGGUGGAGGUACCUACCCUCAGAGCGGCCCGCACGAUCCCACGACGGCUGAGUCCGAUGCGCUCACAGGUCCACGGGGCAGAAAAGCCAUCUUUGCGGGGAGGCCUGGCCCCCGGAGACCGACAGCCCGCUCUGCCUCCCCUACAAGACGCUGGUCUCCACGGUCGGAAGCAUGGUGUUCAGCGAGGGCGAGGCCCAGUGGCUCAUCGAGAUCCUGUCUGAGAAAGCAGGUGUUGUCCAGGACACGUGGCAUAAGGCCACUCAGAAGGGUGACCCCGUGGCGAUUCUGAAACGCCAGCUGGAAGAGAAGGAGAAGCUGCUGGCCACAGAGCAGGAGGACGCGGCCGCCGCCAAGAGCAAACUGAGGGAGCUCAAUAAGGAGCUGGCAGCGGAAAAGGCCAAGGCAGCAGCCGGGGAGGCCAAAGUGAAAAAGCAGCUGGUGGCCCGGGAGCAGGAGAUCACGGCCGUGCAGGCGCGCAUGCAGGCCAGCUACCGGGAGCAUGUGCAGGAGGUGCAGCAGCUGCAGGGCAAGAUCCGGACGCUCCAGGAGCAGCUGGAGAAUGGCCCCAACACGCAGCUGGCCCGCCUGCAGCAGGAGAACUCCAUCCUGAGGGACGCCUUGAACCAGGCCACGAGCCAAGUGGAGAGCAAGCAGAAUGCAGAGCUGGCCAAGCUCCGGCAGGAGCUGGGCAAGGUCAGCAAGGAGCUGGUGGAGAAGUCGGAGGCCGCACGGCAGGAGGAGCAGCAGCGGAAGACGCUGGAGGCCAAGGCGGCUGCCUUUGAGAAGCAGGUCCUGCAGCUGCAGGCGUCUCACAAGGAGAGCGAGGAGGCCCUGCAGAAGCGCCUGGAUGAGGUCAGCCGGGAGCUGUGCCGCUCGCAGACCAGCCAUGCCAGCCUCCGGGCGGACGCCGAGAAGGCCCGGGAGCAGCAGCAGCAGAUGGCCGAGCUGCACGGCAAGCUGCAGUCCUCCGAGGCUGAGGUGAGGAGCAGGUGCGAGGAGCUGAGCAGUGUCCACGGGCAGCUGGACGAGGCCAAGGCGCAAAACUCGCAGCUCACGGAGAGGAUCCGCUCCAUCGAGGCCCUGCUGGAGGCGAGCCAGGCCCGGGACGCCCAGGCCAGCCGAGAGGAGGCCAACCAGCAGCAGGCCCGCCUCAUGGAGUUGGAGUCGCAGGUGUGGUGUCUGGAGAAGGAGGCCACGGAGCUCAAGGAGGCAGUUGAGCAGCAAAAAGUGAAGAACAACGACCUCCGAGAGAAGAACUGGAAGGCGAUGGAGGCUCUGGCCUCGGCUGAGAGGGGCUGCGAGGAGAAGCUGCGGUCCCUGACCCAGGCCAAGGAGGAGUCGGAGAAGCAGCUCAGCCUGACGGAGGCCCAGACCAGGGAGGCCCUGCUGGCCCUGCUCCCGGGCCUCUCUGCCCCCACCCACCAGAAUUACGCCGACUGGCUGCAGGAGCUCAAAGAGAAAGGCCCAGAGCUGCUGAAGCAGCCACCAGCACACACGGAGCCCUCGGACCUGGCUGCCAAGCUGAGGGAGGCGGAGGAGACGCAGAACAGCCUUCAGGCCGAGUGUGACCAGUACCGCAGCAUCCUGGCCGAGACGGAGGCCAUGCUCAAAGCCCUGCAGAAGAGCGUGGAGGAGGAGGAACAGGUGUGGAAGGCCCGGGUGAGCGCCACGGAGGAGGAGCUCCAGAAGUCGCGGGUCACAGUGAAGCAUCUCGAAGAGACUGUCGGGAAGCUGAAAGGGGAACUUGAAAGUGCCGAUCAGGUGAGGGAGCACACGUCACAUCUGGAGGCCGAGCUGGAGAAGCACAUGGCGGCCGCGAGCGCCGAGUGCCAGAACUACGCCACGGAGGUGGCAGGGUUGAGGCAGCUUUUAUUAGAAUCUCAGUCUCAGCUGGAUGCAGCCAAGAGUGAAGCCCAGAAACAAAGCGACGAGCUUGCCCUGGUCAGGCAGCAGUUGAGUGAGAUGAAGAGCCACGUAGAGGAUGGUGACGUAGCCGGGUCCCCGGCUGCCCCCCCAGAGGCCCCCUCAGCAGAGCAGGACCCCAUCGAGCUGAAGAUGCAGCUGGAGCGGACGGAAGCCAUCCUGGAGGACGAGCAGACGCAGCGGCAGAAGCUCACAGCUGAGUUCGAGGAGGCUCAGCUCGUGUCGAGUCGUCUGCAGGGGGAGUUGGAGAAGCUCCGCUGCAGCAGCGCCCUCGGGUCCUCAGAGGCGGAGGAGGCCACGCGGCUCAAGGAGAGACUAGAAAAGGAGAAGAAAUUAACCAGUGACCUGGGACGCGCUGCCACCAAACUACAGGAGCUUUUGAAGACGACCCAGGAGCAGCUGGCAAAGGAGAAAGACACGGUGAAGAAGCUGCAGGAGCAGCUGGACAGACCAGAGGCCGGCAGCAGCAGCUCGAAGGAGGGAACAUCUGUCUGAGCUUCCUGCGGAAAAAGAAGUCACUGUUCAACUUACCAAAAUGCCUUACACAUUCCUGACCAAUAAACAAACCAACACAGCGUUAUCUGGGCCCAACUUGGGUAGCUCUGAGAAGCCAUAGAGACGAGAGUCUCUUAGCACCAGAAGUAGCUCUUCCAGACCCCAGUUUGUAAAAGAAUCUUUGUCACAUUCGAUAAACACUAUUCCCUAGGACCGGCCCUGGACCACCGGCCAGCAGACGCCAAAGCCCUCAGCAGCUGUGUGACAGACCUGGGUGUGUGCUAGGGGGCCGGGACCUUGGGGUGUGUAUGUCAAUCAGUCAGUGCAAUUGUUGUGUCUUUUGUGGGGUUGGCGGUCGGGCGAUGGGCGGUCCAGGUGGUGAGUCCUGAAGGCUGCAGCGCAGACUGUAGGGUCACAGCCAGCGAGGCAGCAGUUCUCACCCCUGGAAGAAGUUGCCACCACAACUGACGUGUGACCUCCUGGGUGUUGAUGCCAUUAAAACCCGCGUGUCGCCCGGCACUUUGGGAGA